UCCGCAAAAUCAAGGGAGUUUCUAUCAGCACUAGGAACACCAUAGAUAGAAACUUGCUAAGGAUAAGGGACCCAAACAGGAUUUUGAGCUUCCCAUAAUAAAUCGUUGUCUUUAGUGCAAAGCUGUCCGCUCCUUCCUACUGCUGGUAUUUCUUCGCAGCACAUUCUAUUUCCGCGUUUCCGUUCAGUCCAGUAGAUUCCGUACCAUCUUCCUCCUCGAUCCCGUUGUCGAUUAUAAAACACCCAAGGACCCUCCGUCGUUAAAGCCAUGAUUAUCGAGGAGCUCCCGAGCGGCCCGCAAGCGGCGACGGAGCUCGCGGCGAAGGGCGACGCGCAGUUUGUGGACGAGGACUACGACGCGGCGGUGGAGCUGUACACGCAGGCGAUCGACGCGAAUGGCGCCACCGAUACAUACCUCUGCAAGCGCGCAGCCGCGCACAUCAAGCUCGAGAACUACACAGAUGCCGUGGCGGAUGCCAACGCAGCGAUCAAGUUGAAUCCGAACUGCGCGCUGGCUUACCUUCGCAAAGGCGUGGCAUGCCACCAUCUGGAGGAGUACGAGACGGCCCUAGCGGCGUUCAAGGCGGGAGCCAAGCUGGAGCCAAACGAUGCCAAGUUCCGUAACGGCAUCCGCAAGGCAGAGGCGGAGCUGCAGAGCCAAGAAGACGAGGAUAUGACAGUGGACGCCCCUACCGCCUCUGCUCCAUCCGCAUCCCCAGCUCCUGGCCCUGCUCCCGCCUCCUCUGCUCCUCCCGCCUCCUCUGCCCCUGUGUCUGCGCCAGCACCAGCACCAGCAGCAGCAGCAGCACCUCCGCCUCCUAAGUACAGACACGAGUUUUACCAGUCAGCAACGACGGUGGUGGUAACUGUAUUCGCCAAGGGCGUUUCAUCCGACCAGCUCAAAGUGCAGAUUGGGGAGCAAGUGCUAAGCGUGGUAAUCGAGUCAGCCAAUGAGGAGCCGCCAUAUGUCCUGCAGCUGCGGCUUUUUGGAAAGGUGGACCCUGCUCGCAGCAAGCACGUGCUGAUGAGCACCAAGGUCGAGGUGCGUCUGCAAAAGGCAGAGAGCAUCCACUGGACCGCGCUGGAAGCCACCAAACGGCCGGCAGUGGUGCAACCGGUUAACGUGUCUGAUGAGACCGCCGAGAAGCUGAAGCACAUGUACCCUUCGUCCCGCAAGCAGCAUGUGAACUGGGACCAGCUGGAGGCGGAAGUGAAGGCGGAGGAGAAGGAUGAGAAGCUCGACGGAGAUGCGGCGCUGAACAAGCUCUUCCAAGACAUUUACGCAGGGGCAGACGAGGAGACCCGCCGAGCGAUGAACAAGUCAUUUGUGGAGUCGAAGGGGACGGUGCUAUCAACCAACUGGAAGGAGGUUGGAGCAGGGAAGGUCGAUGCCAAGGGGGACUGAACUGCACACAACGAGCAAAGUGCCCCAGUAUCCCAUGCUUCUGGAGACUCACUAACUAGUCAUUGAAAGAAACGGUAGAUGGUAGUUAGGAGGCACGGUGGUUAGCACAACUGAACACAGCUGAAGGUCGGUCAUUUGACUCAUGUCUCGCUCAGACUGAGGACAUGGGAUGGGACUCAAAACACAAGCGGAUGAAAUGGGAAGGCCAAGGGCAAGGACGGAGAGGAGACAUGAUAGAAGAGACUUGAUAUGGUAGAUGAUGUUAAAUUAUAUAUUGUGUUAUAUAAUUGUUAGGCUUGGUAGGUUACCGAACUCUACUGUAGAGGGUACAAUCCCCUCCUUGUAUCCCUCUCUUUCUAGUCCAACCCUGUUUUCUCUC